AUGCCUGUUAGCAUUCUGUUCAGUCUAUCAUCCCUUCUCCAAGGGAUGUGUCGCCCAGUUCAGCUCAUCGCUGACAGGCAAUACCAUUCAUUAGGCCAAUUGUACAAGCGUAUGUGUGACAGCGCAAAGGUUGAAAAAAUGUUGGUGGUAAAUUCUACUGGGAGUAACGCUACACCCACUUCAUCUUCCACUCCCAGAUCUGAACCCAGACGUUCUGUACGUAGUAGUGUUCCAUUGGUAGACCUUAGACCAACAGAGGACGAUGACAGCAAGACAGUCAUUCCAGCACGUCGGUCUGUCGGGGGAAUGUCAGCUGGUAAAAGCAGUCACAGUCAGUCUUAUUUUAUGGGUGGAAUAUGCUCUGUGUCUGAAACCAUGGAAAAUUUGAGGACAACUGGCAACCCAGUGGCACCUCCAAGCGUCCGAAUAAAACAUUAUACAAGAAAACCAGACGGAGCAAGCAGGUUUCCCAAGCUGGACGAAUGUGCACACUUUCACUACGACAAUGUAGAACUUGGCCCUGUCAUGGUAAGAACAGAUCUGCCUUGCUUUAUUUUUUGUAAAUCAUGA